AUGUAUUUCAGUGUUUUAGACAUGAAUAACCUGAUUUCAAGCGCAUCAUCACCACGACCCGGCUGGCUUGGUCAGUUCAUGAAGCAAGUCCGCACCCAGUCCUCCUCCCCUCCAGCAUCCUCAUCCACACCUUCUGACGACAUACCAGACACUCCACCAAAACCCGCAUCCUCAACCACUUCAAGCUCAUCCUCCGUCCCCAACGAGGACAAUGACUUAUCCAACCUCCGCGCACAAAACGCCUGCCUCCAAACCCGCUGCUCCGAACUAACCACGCAAUCCCACCUCAACCAGGCUAUCCUACACCAAUGCACCUCCGACCUCUUCGUCAAAGACGCGGAGAUAAAGCGCCUCAAAGCGCACAUAUCCGCGCUCCAAUCCUCUCUCGAGGACCAAAAAGCCAGCUGCCUACGUCUCCAAGCCAUGGGCUGUUCGCCCGCGGAUCCAGCCCACGAGCUGGACUUACUCCUCCGCAUCGAGACGCUGGAAGGGGAGAACGUGGCGUUGAAAGACAAAUUGGCGGUGCAGAAAAACCGCAUGAAAAGCAGAGUCAAGGAGUAUGCGGACGAAGCCAACGACUUAUCUACGCAAUUGCGCCGCGCUGAACAAUUUGCUCGUACAUAUGCGCAGCACCUUCGUCGCAGUGAAACGACGUGCCAGUCCCUGAGCGCCGAACACGCACAUAUGGCGAGGGAAUUACAUCUCGAGCACUCGGCUAAUAAGGAGUUACAGAACGCGCUCCUCCAGCGCAGCAGUGAUGCACGCCACGUCGCCGUCCUCACCACACAGCUUGAAAAAGCGCAGGCCUGCGCGUCGGCGCGCGCAAACUUGCUUGCCACGCUCACGCAGCAGAGUGAGGAGGGGUUGAAGGUGGGAAAAAGUGAGCGCGCCAAAUACACUGACAAGAUCACGUUUCUUCAUGAAGAGAAUGAGAGGGAUCGGAGGCGCUUCGAGGCCAAACUCACAGCUAGAGAUAAGAGGAUCCGGGGGUUGGAGAUUGAGCUGCGCUCUCCUGCUGCUGCACCUCACCCUGACUCUCUGAAGGUUAGGGCGCUGCAAGAUAGGCUCGCGGGCGCGGAAUUGGCGUUGGAAGAGGACUUCGCGCGCAGGGGGAGGGGCAUGCAGGUUGAGGCUGAUGAUGCGGCGAGGGAGCGUGUGAGGGAGUUGGAGGGGGAGGUUAGGGCGCUUAAGGGGAGUUGGAGGGGGAAGAAGGGGAAGGGGGUAAGGAGGGAGGAUAGUGUUGUGAUGGGAGAUGGAGAUAGAGGGGAGGAGUACUAG